AUGCCAAAACGCCACGCGUUCGUUUCAGUGUGGGCGCUUGCAGUGACCGUGACCUGCCAGGAGAACAAGAACAUCAUCACCUUGCGCGCUCGUGGUGUGUCCUGGGCCGCAUCCCAUGGGGACCUCUACGCUUCCAACGUGGAAUGCCUGCGGCACUUGGCGCAGCAAAUCGCGGGGCAGCUGAUGACGGUGCCGCAGAGCACCGGGAGCUUCGAGGGAUCCAUGGAGUGGUUUCGAUGUAUCCUGAAGGAAAGCUUCCAGCGCGACAGCGCCGUAGUCAUCGUCCUGGAUCGCUUCGAGCAUUUCUGCGGCAUGGCGCGGCAGACCUUGCUGUACAACCUCUUCAACUUGGCGCAGGAUCUUAGCGUGCGACUGUGCAUUGUUGGAGUGUCCGAGAAGUUUGACGUCACAUGCCAGUUGGAGAAGCGCAUUCUGUCGCGUUUCUCCAUGGAGUACCUCUUCGCCUUUCUGCCACGCGACGCGAAGGAACUGACACAGGUGCUCGAGUGCAAGUUGACGCUGCCGGAGGAUGCGCCGGGCUUCACCACGUCCUUCGUCUACGACUUCAACCAGCGCAUCGCCGAGGCGAUCGCCGCGAGGCUGCCGCAGUGGAUGCAGGAUAUCGAGCUUGGCAGAAAACCCACCUGGUUUCUUUGGCAGUGCUUACCCGUGGUGGGCUUCCUCCGCCGUGCCCUCGGCGACGCGCCGGAGGCCACCAAGCAGCGGACGCUGGGAGAAGACGCGCAGAGGCGGCGGCUCUUCCUGCGAGGCCUUGCGGAAUGCGAACACCUGGUGCUGCUGUCGCUCUUCAGACAGCGCGCAGCCAAAGUGCGAAGUUUGAGCACCGUGCUCUUCGAGUUGCUGCGGUUGGUGGAGUGCAAUGGCUCCCUGCUGCAAGAGAGACCUCUGGAAUUUCGGGAUAUGCUAAGCAAGGUGCUGGCAGGGCACACGGAGGAGUCGUUGAGCGCGGCUUUUUUUCGCCUCAUCAGUUACAAAUUGGUGGCCUUUUCCCCAGUGUCCAACAGUGAUGUUUCAACACGGUACCGCCCCUGCGAGAGCGAAGUGGAUGAGGAAUACCGGCAAUGGGUGGAGGAUAUGGCGAAGAAGCAGUCGGCCAUGUUGCACAACCCACUGAAGGAUCUGCCGGAAGCUGUUCAAAGCUGGUUGAGGACCGAAUGA